GCUGUGUCAGGCCUGCAUAGGCGAUGGCAGCAGGCAGCUCGUAACAGCUCACCGUGCUAGGUGUUACGUGCAGCAGGAAAUUUCGGUUUGAACAUUACGAGUCGCAUUAGGUCAUCAGUGAACAGCCCACACGCUUCUCCGAUGUCAAGUCACUCAGUGCUCACGUUCAGGUCUUACUGAUUUCUGCAGAACUAACAUUCACACGCCAUUCUUCAAAAGAACAGACAUCAUGUGGGGCCUGCUGAGGACUCAGUUCGUGGCGACGUUGACGUACAAGGCCCUGUGGCCUGCUGUAAGCAGAGUCCUGUUCCUGAUUUUCGGGGCAUUCCACUUACUGCGGAUGUGCCUGUGCAUUGCAGCCGCAGUUUGCCUGAAGGGACGCUCGGUGCUCGAUCUUAAGGAGAGGACCGAAGAGCCGGACUGCCUUAGGGACCCCGCCCUGGGAACUCACGAGUUCGUCACUUUGGAUAAUGGCAUGACGCUGCACUAUGUUUCUGCCGGAAGCCGACACAACUCAUUGGUGAUUUUGCUCCAUGGUUUUCCCGACAUUUGGUACACGUGGCACAAGCAGAUACUCGAGCUCAAGAAAAAAUACUGGGUGGUCGCUCCAGACAUGCGGGGGUACGGUCAGUCUUCAAGGCCAUCCAGUGCUGAGGAGUACCAGUUGUGCUACCUGGUCGAAGAUAUCAGCGGCCUCAUACAGUCAUUGGAGAGGAACAGGGUGAUCCUAGUUGGCCACGACUGGGGUGCCAUCGUUUCAUGGUGCUUCGCGAACAAGUACCCGGAUGCGGUCGACAAGCUGGUCGUCGUCAACGGGGGCCACCCGGAAGCACUGAGGCAGCUGCUCAAGACAAGCCCCGUGCAGAUGCUCAAGUCGGGCUACAUGGUCGCCUUCCGAUGUCCCAAAAUACCAGAAUUGUGGCUUACCGUGGACGACUUCGCAGAAAUGAAGCACCUGCACAACGACUGCGACGAUGUAGAAGAAGUAACCUCCGUGCGGCAGUACGCGUUCUCAAAGCCAGGUGCUAUGACGGCGGCGAUCAACUAUUACCGUGCCACCUACUCCAAGGAGCGGCAGCUGAAGAACUUCCAGUACCGCCGACUCAAUGUACCCACGCUCCUGCUGUGGGGAUCCAGAGAUCCGUACGGGACUACGCAAGUGGCCGAGCUGAGUCGGCGCUACUCUUCGAAGGUGACCGUCCAGUUCUUGCAAGAUUGUGGCCAUUGGCCUCACCAGGAAAAUGCGCCGGUCGUCAACCAGGCCCUCGAAGCUUUCUUAGGAACCAGUGCCUCUUUUGAUUCGGCCAGGAGAGCUCGACUGAAAUGCUGUCGGUCAUCGCUGUGACGCUGACAGCAUGAGUAGCACUGACAGACGUUCGUAUGCUGGUCCAUAAAUUAAAAUAACCGGGAAUCAAA